AUAUCACUACGCUGAAGCAGUUCAGUUGUAUUUUUGUUUUAUUUAUUUUGGCAGAGUAUUUAGAUAUUUUUUAACUAAAAAUAACAUUCGAAGGUGCGCUGAUAUUUUUUGAAGUAGUUCCAGCAGAUUUUGGAGCGCAUCGUAGCUUCAUAUCAUGACACUGAAGCAGUUGAAUUGUAUUUUUAUUGUUAAUUAUUCUGUCAGAGUAUUUAGAUAUUUUUUACUAAAAAUAAACAUUCGAAGAUGCGCUGAUAUUUCCUAAAGUAGUUCCGGCAGAUUUUGUAGCGCAUUACUGCUCCAUAUUACUACAUUAAUGCAGUUUAAUUGUAUUUUUGUUUUUAUUUAUUUUAGCAGAGUAUUUACACUGUUUUAUUUAAAGUUAACAUUCAAAUGUGCGCUGAUAUUUUCUAAAGUAGUUCCGGCAGAUUUUGGAGUGCAUUACAGCUCCAUAUCACUACGCUGAAGUAGUUGAAUUGUAUUUUUGUUUUUAUUUAUUUUGGCAGAGUACUUCGAUUAUUUUUUUUACUAGAUUUGUCGGGUUUGUUGACAUGUUCAAUAGUGGCGAGUCAAAUAGUUAAAUUACUUCUCCGACAUGGUAAUUAGUAAUUUCAAGACAUUUUAUUGACGUAAUUAGUCACAGGGCUGCAAAAUGCUCGAUUCUUAUUGGCUGAUGAGGCAGUGAAGAUCAUUGAUUUAUAAAGAAACCAGAUCUUAAACGUUACGAUAUUAUAAUUGCAUGCCAGUUCACAGGAAGUGCUUGAGCUGGCUGACUGCAAAUUAAAAGUCCCUGUAGAUCCUCUGCUUGAGGAUACAGCAAUUUGCUGCUGUCCCUGAUUGAGAAACGCUGGACAUUUUUACAUUCUUUCAAUUGUUUAAAGUGUCAGAGCAGUUCACGCCCUGAUUUCAUGAAUGAUUGCUCACACACACACAUACACACACACACACACACACACACAAUGUUCUACCACCUGUGUGUGUGUGUGUGUGAAAGUGAAUGUGCUGAUUCCGCAGGGCUCAGUGUGUGUCUGCUGUCGUCAGCCUUCAGUUUCCGGUGCAGUGAAAGAGCUCCGGCCGGCGGGACACGUGUCUCCGACAGUAAAGCCCGCAGAGAAAGAGCGCAGGAUUAGCGGCGACCAGAAUGGCUUCAGCGGCUUAAACACACAGACUGAAUGACCACGCAUGUGUGUGUGUCACUGGCAGUCUGAAGGGUCACAGUGUGUUUGUGUUGAAAACGCAAGCAGUGCAGUGUAAACAGAUGAUGGAGCUCAUUAAGGGUCUAUAUGCUUAGUGUUGUUCAGCCACCGAUUAACUUGCGGUGGAAGAUUAAUGUUUUGCUAUUAUCAGUUCAUGAGGUUGCAUUUACAGCAUCGAUGUUGUAAUGUAAUUAUAUUAUCAGUAAAACAGGCUUAAGCAUUAAUUUAUUUGUUAAAGCGUAAAACUAGAUGAAAGACGGUUUAAACACAAGCACCGUCAGUAGCAGAAACUCCAUUUAAAAUACUGUGGUAAGAUAAAUUUCCAUAUUUUAAAAACAACUGUCUGAGACCUACUUUAUAUCAUAUAUCAAUCAGGCAGUGAAGAUUGUUGAUUUUUAAAGAAAUAAGAUCUUAAAUGCUGUAAUUUUGUAACAGGAUAGCAUUAACCGGAAGCGCUUAGGCUGGCUGACUAGAAAUUAAAAGUCUUCAUGGAUGUACAACAUUGGGACAAACGUUUAUAUUAGCUUAAAUUUUUAAAAAAAUACUAUAGCAAUGUAUAGUAAACACUGUAGUGUUUAGGUAAACGUAUUAUAGACUACUGUAUUUAUAUUAAAGUAAUUGUUAAUGAAUGCUAAGACAUACCCUAGUAUAAACUAUUGAACUAAUAAACUAAUAAAUACUGUAGCAUACUUUAGUUUUACAACAGUAAACUGUGGUGUAUUGUAGUAUUAUAAAAUAAAUAGUCCUACAGAACACCUGCAGAAAAUAUGACUGGAGCGAAAGCAGCGGAGCUUUUAUUAUGACACAAUCUACUGCUUUCGGUUUUUCAGCUCGUGUUCACGUCCUAUGGUUCACAUGGAGAAGAAAGCAGUGAUGUUUUAUCAGACUAAAUAAAUUUUAGGGUUCUGUAAUAAUGCUGCUUUAAGCAAUCUAAUUAAACACACAAAAUGUGAAAUCAUCUUUGGUGUAUUUUUGCCAAACCGGAAGUUUAGUGUUUGUUAUUAGCAUGGCGGCACAGCUGGACGCGCUUCUUUCAGGAUUUGAACUUUCUUCAAAAUAUUUGGGAUGAUUGAGAGAAAAGCCCCUGAGUGUCUGUUCAUCCAAGAAUGACAUCAUCUGCAGCCAGUGCAGUCGCUCGGCAUCAUGGGAGCAGGUGCUGGAAUCUGCAGAAGUCAAAGAACUUUGCUGAAAACACCAUGAAUGAGCUGUUGGGUUGGUACGGCUAUGAUAAAGUGGACCUGCAGGACUCAGAGGCUGCAGACGCACGAAACCGAGUCAAACGCAACCAUAUAUCGGUUCUUAAAGAGAACGCUGUGCCAAAGCCACUCAAUGUGGAGAAGAAGAUCCCUCCAUCAUCAUCCUCGUCUUCAUCAUCAUCAUCCUCCUGUUCAUCAGAGCCGGUCAGGAAUGGAGAUCAGGAUCCUCCAACUGUUCCUGUGUCUCCCUCUGCAUCUUCAGCCUCGCCACGACACAACAUGAACGUCAUCGUGCCGCUCAUCAAACCCUCCGCAGUGGAGGACGUCCAGAACGUGCAGAUCGUGUGUGUGUGGUGUCAGAAGGAGGGAAUGAAGCGUUACUCUCUGCUCAUGGGCUCUGAACUCAAGAGUUUUUGCAGCGAGAAGUGUUUCGCAGCCUGUCGACGCGCAUACUUCAAACGCAACAAGGCUCGAGAUGAAGAUCGCCAUGGUGACAAGUCUCCGUCUCCUGGCCAAACUCUGGACACGCCCACAAGACUGAUGCUGAAGAUGAACAACAACAACAGCAGCACACGUGUGUGUGACUGGUGUAAACACAUACGCCACACUAAAGAAUACCUGGACUUCGGUUCGGGUGAGGAGCGACUGCAGUUCUGCAGCACCAAAUGCCUGAACCAGUACAAGAUGGACGUGUUUUACCGGGAGGCUCGGGCUGCGCUCACCAGCUCCAAAGAGGAAGAGAACCACCCGAAACCCGCAGCCACCAGCGAAAACCAGACACUGCUCACUCCGGACGCCUGGGAGUCUCCAGCGAAAAGCCUCUCGCCCCAAACCCCAACAGCAUCUGCAUUGCAGAGAACGCCUGUUUGCAUGCGGGUUCAGAUGGCCACUUCGCCCAAAUCACCCACUGGUCCGUCUCAGGGUACACCAGAGCAGCCACGCCCACCUCACAUGCCCCUCCCCUUUAUACGUCCACCCCUGCACGCCCAGAGCCUGCGAAGCCCCACCCCUAAUCUCCCUCAUAACCCGCCUCACCCUCUUAGCCCCACCCAAAGGGUGCCAUUUGCCCCGCCCCCUCACUACCCCCUCCCAUACCUGCCCCUCCACCCAACAUUUCCACCACAAAUGCCUCCGCCGUGGCCCCAGCCCAUGAUGAUGAUGCCUUACCCUGUGUUUGUACCCAUUCCUAUCCCAAUCCCUAUCCCCAUCCCGAUUUCCCCUCAGAACAGCCACCGAGGGGUCAUCCGAAGCCUUCAGGAGCCGGAAAAAGAGCCCGCUGGGAGUCAGAGGGUAAAGACGGAGCGGUGUGUUUCUCCAGUGUCUGCAUCCGAGCGGCAGGUCAUUCAAUGUCUGCGCAGAGACUCUGUGAAAGAGGAGAGAAAUGACACACACAUUCAGACUCUACGCAAAGCACUUUACACCUCUGUCCUCACAUCCACAGCCUCAGCCUCAUUGGACGGCAGAAUCGUUAGUCCCGCCUCUUUGUACUCAUUGGCUCGCUCCACUGCCAUUCAGGCUGCCUCGUUUUCAUUGGACAGCAGCUCCGGCCAGAUCCCGUCGCCUCUGUCUGACUGUGAGGAUGUGAAGGAGAAUAGCUAUUUAUGUGGGCGGGGCAAUGACUCAGCCAAUCAGUGGACGGCAGAGCAAAUGGACUGUCAGAGUGACCAAUCAAAAGAGGGCAAAGGGGAGGAGGAAACGCCUCAGGAUGUGGAGCACACCUACGCACGGUCGGUGCCGCCAAAACUACGGGAGAAAAACACACACGUGAACACUCAAACACAUUUACACACGCAAAUCUGGGAGAAAAACACACAGGUGGAUGAGCUGGGACCCGAGCAGAGCGUGCGGGACGAUGCAGAGCCGGCUGUGAAGAGGCGAUGCUUAAGGAUCAGAGACCAGAACAAAUGAGCGUGGGUGAAGCGGGGACACGUUUAUCCUCUGGGUGUGUAUUCAGCCGUCCAGCAGAGCAGAUCCUCUCCGUGUGUUCAGAUCCAGCGCAGCCCCUGUGUGUCUGCUGGAGAGUGUGUGUGUGCUGCUUCUGCUCACAUCACUCAAAGACGCGCAUUGUUCCUCACUGCAGAUGAGUGUGUGUAUGUGAGAGAGAGAGAGUUUGUGUAUGAGAGUGUGUGCGUGUUUCUGUGUGUGUGUGUGUGAUGGAGAGAGAGGGAGUGUGUGCAUGUUCAGCUGUGGUGUAGGGUUGCCUGACACACACCGGCUCUGCAGGGCAUUUUUAGACUCGGCCUAAACAGUGCAAGAGCACAAACACAGUAAUUCAGAGAACGUUCUCUCAACGUUAUGAGCUAACAUUACUGCCCAGCACCAUCAGCAGAGUGUCCCACUGUAAAACAUGAGUUCUACAUCACGCUAAAUAUAAUAGAAAUGGGUUAAAAUGGAAACCGAUGCAGAUCACAUCAGGCCAAGAGCAGACAGAAACACACAAUCUUCACACACACACCUCACCGAGAGCUAUCUUUGAGGUGUUUUCCCAUAAACAUCUAAGAGGAAUGCAUCCUAUUUAUUUUCCAAAAUCAUGACGGCAUCUGUGCUUAUGUCUAAUGGUUUUGUCACACUUUUAUAUUUAAUUUAAAUAAAUAUUUUUAAACUUUUUGUUACUGAUGGCAUAACAAGAACAAUAGCGUACAGAAAUAGAGGAAUGCAGUACUUUAUAUUCAUUUGUAAUCUAAAUAUCCAGUAGACAAAACUAGUCUCUGGUGACGUAGGCAGGAUUUCUGCUAAGCCCCGCCUCCUAGAGUCUGCUUGCUUUCGCUUUUAAGUGCCACGCCCACAUCUCAACAGCCAAUCAAUGGUUAUUUUUCUUGCAUUUCGUUACCAUCUGUGUGUCCAGUCUAUUGACUGGUAGUGAAUACAAUAACGGCUUCAAUUUUGUUUAUUUUUAAACCCGAUUAUUGAACAGUGUCAAAAACUACUGUUGGAUGGUAUUAGCCUACAAUGUAGGGUCUCAAACUCAAUUCCCGGAGGGCCACAGCUCUGCAUGGUUUUGCUGCAAUCCUAAUCAAACACAGCUGAUCCAAAUAAUCAAGGUGUUCAAAAGAGUGUAAAGCCUGUUUCACACUGCAAGCGUGAGCAGAGCGUGUGUUUUCGGCAACCAUGUUAACAGAGUAGAGCUUUUUUUAAAGCACGCAGCAGCAGCGCGAGGCGUGAGCAUCUGAAGCAGCAGUGCUGGGUCUAUUUUAUUUUAUCUACUUAAAGUGACAGUGCAUUGAUAAUGACCAAAACACAUUGAAUGACAGGAAAAAGUGGCUAUUUCACAUUUGCAUUAAUGGGCAUUGAUAAGGGUUGGAGCAAAACUUUGCAGAGCUGCGGCCCUCCAGGAAUUGAGUUUGAGACCCAUGUCCUACAUGAUAAUGUAAGUAUGCUGUUUUAUAAACGCAGCACAGAUAUUUUAAUGCUUUUACAAGCUAAUACUUUACCAUUAUCAUCCUUUCAGAGACCAUUAAUGUCAUGUAGAUUUGAAUUUGUGCCAUUAACGUCACUAGACAUUUGAGCUGAUGCAGAGAAACGUGUUUCUGAGGGGAUUAUUAGGGUUGCAGACAGAUAAUAUGACCUGCAGAAAGGUCUCAAACUGAAUUCCUGGAGGGCCGCAGCUCUGCACAGUUUUACUCCAACCCUAAUCAAACACAGCUGAUUCAAAUAAUCAAGGUGUUCAACACUACUAGAGACUAUUAAGCAGGGUGAGUUGGAGGUGGUUGGAGCUAAAUCGUGCAGAGCAGUGGCCCUUCUGGAAUUGAGGGAUGAGACCAUUGCCCUAGAUGUUUCCUCAAGCCGUUUAAUACAGUACACCUCUGAUACAGUCAAGUCCUGUUGCCAUAAACAAUAUGAAAGCACAGAAUGAUGAAAUGAGGUGUGCGUGUGCGUGUGCGUGUGCGUGUGCGUGUGCGUGUGCGUGUGCGUGUGCGUGUGUGUGUGUGUGUGUGUCAGUAUUAAAUGACCAAAGCCAUCAUGUGUGUUUCAGCGGACACUUCCAUUACCGUCCAGCAGAGGGAGACCGUACUAUUGUACUGACACUGUUGUCACUAUUGACACUGAUUUAUUAUGAUGUGUUUAAUGAUGUCAGUCUCUUUAAAUGCAUAAUAUUGCACCCCAGUGCCAACUGCUGCAAUGCACAGAAGGCCAAACAAUAUUGGAGGAAAAACAGUUGUAUUAACAGCCUUGCGCUUUUACAUGUCUUUCCGUUUUUCAUGGUUGAUUAUGAUUCAUAUUGGUGUUUUUUUGCAUCCAUCAUGAUUUUUAUCCUUAAUGAUGCCCAUCAUGAACUUGUAAACUAGCUGUACAAUAAUUUAAAUGUGACAAAUGAUAAAUACUUUUAAUAUCACGUUAUGACAAUGACCUGUCAGUGACUGUUUUAUGUAAUUUUAUGAACAGAGAAUUAUGUCAAUGACUUGAUUUAUUGAUAAUAAAACCCUAAAAACCACAA